CAGAAGGAGCGAGCGGAAGAUAAGUAGAAGAAAGAAAAGCUGCUUCUGGUCAGAGCACAGAGUUGCUGCUGGAUCGGAAUCCGAUUCCUAUCUUUCUCGUGGGAUUUCCAUUCCAGCUGAAAAAUCCAAGGGUUAGAAAAGCUGCUUCUGCUCAAAAGACUUCUGCUUCUUCUGGUCAAGCUGAAGUUGUUAUACCGAUCCUAAGUUCGUCUUCUUCGUUUCCGGUUUCCGAAGUCGUUUUGGCUCCGACUGGUGCAGAAAUGGCCAAGCGUGCUUACAAGCUGCAGGAAUUUGUGGCGCAUUCAGACAGUAUUAAUUGUCUAAGUAUUGGGAAAAAGGCGUGUCGGCUUUUUGUUACUGGUGGUGAUGAUCACAUAGUCAAUCUCUGGGCAAUUGGCAAACCCACUGCUUUGAUGAGGUUUGCAGGUCAUACAAGUCCAGUUGAAUCCGUAGCUUUUAAUUCGGGAGAAGUUUUGGUGCUUGCUGGAGCUUCGUCUGGUGUGACAAAAAUAUGGGAUCUUGAGGAAACAAAGAUGGUUCGCACACUAACUGGACACAGAUCCAGCUGUACUGCUGUUGAAUUUCAUCCAUUUGGUGAGUUCUUUGCUUCUGGUUCCAUGGACACGAAUCUAAAGAUAUGGGAUAUUAGAAAGAAGGGAUGCAUCCACACAUACAAGGGUCAUACUCAGGGCAUUAGUACUAUUAAAUUCACUCCCGAUGGGCGCUGGGUAGUUUCUGGUGGGUUUGACAAUGCUGUAAAGAUAUGGGAUCUAACUGCUGGGAAGCUCUUGCAUGAUUUUAAAUUCCAUGAAGGACAUAUUCGAUCCUUAGAUUUUCAUCCCCUUGAGUUUCUUUUGGCCACAGGUUCAACAGACAGAACUGUAAAAUUUUGGGAUUUGGACUUUGAAUUGAUUGGAUCAUCCAGACCUGAGCCUACAGGAGUACGUGCAAUUGCUUUUCAUCCUGAUGGGAGGACCCUAUUCUCAGGAUUGGACGACAGUUUGAAGGUUUAUUCAUGGGAACCUGUAAUAUGUCAUGAUUCUGUUGAUAUGGGAUGGAACAGACUUAGUGACUUAUGCAUUCAUGAUGGGAAACUGUUGGGCUGUUCAUACUAUCGAAAUUCUGUUGGAGUUUGGGUUGCGGAUAUAUCGCUUACUAAGCCAUAUGCAGCUGAUUCAACGCCUGGGCAUGAUGACUGUGCAGAUGAGAAACGUUCCGUUAAACUCCCGGAAAUUGCAGGGAAGGUAGAGAGUGGUAUAAGAAGUCCGGGCUUGCGGUGUAUGUCGCCUGAUUAUGACACAAAGGUAAAAAACAUAUAUGUGGAUUGUAGUGGAGGAAAGCCAGUUGCCACACGGAGAAUGGAUUCUCCAAAGGUUGUACCCUCGUCGGAUUCAAAGGCAAACAGUGCUGCAAAGCAGAAUCCUUCGGUACGGUUGCCUCCAAAAUCUAAUGAACAAAUAGUCAAUAAAUCACUGGCUGUGCCUAGUAUUGUACCGCGGAGCAGUCCUGAUGAAAAAGAUACAGCUAACCCUGGAGGGGAUGGUGUUGCACUUUCGAGGACCAAGCGUGGUAUGUUGCUCAAACCUGCUCAUGCAAGAAGGCCAUCAAAUAGCAAAAUUGACUUCGAGAAGCUGCCGUUAGAUAAUGCAGUGGAUCUUAACUCUCAAACCAAAGGUGUAUCAGAAGAUAGGGCUAGAGAGUCCAGUGAGGAAAAGCAUUCUGAGAUCAAGAGUGUUGAAGAGAAAUUUGAAAAAGUAUUUUCACCAAAUAAUCCCUCCAAUCUUGAAGCCAGAAACGGAUCCCUCAAUUGCAGCAAGGACACGAACUCUGUUAAAUUUGUAAAUGGAGUUGCCGUUGUUUCAGGAAGGACUCGCUCCCUGGUUGAGCGGUUUGAAAGGAGAGAGAGAUUUGAUGGUAAUGAAGAUCAAGCAACUAGCAUAUUGAGUCCUGUGAUACCUGAAGAUCAAACAACUUGCAUAUCUAGUCCUGUGAUACCUAAAGAUCAAGCAACUAGCGUAGCUAGUCCUGUGAUACCCGAAGUUGAAGCAAGCAUCUGUAGUCCUGUGAUACCUGAAGUUGAAGCUAACAUCUCUAGACCUGUGAUACCUGAAAGGGACAGAGCAUCCACCAUGCUGCCUGUCUCAGUGCAUAUUGCUUAUUCUUUCAAACUGGAAGAUAAUCUCUACUACUUGCUUCAUAAGCAGAAGGAAGGACCUCAAAUUUCUGGGAGGCAUAUGAUCUGUACGAACAAUGAGGGUCCUCUUGAAGAUUUGAUGCAAACUCACGACGUAUUUCUCAGUACCCUUCGUUCCCGCUUGACAAAACUGCAGGUGGUGCGGCAUUUUUGGGAACAGAAUGAUAUUAAAGGUGCUAUCGGUGCUAUCAGGAAGCUGCCAGAUCAUUCUGUACAAGCGGAUGUUGUUACUGUUCUUCUGGAGAAAAUGGAUUGUCUCACAUUAGAUCUGUUUUCUUGUUUGCUUCCUGUGCUUCUGGGCUUACUCGAUAGCAAGACAGAAAGGCAUGCAAAUAUUUCGUUGGAGAUGCUAUUGAAGCUAGUGGCAGUCUUUGGCCCAGUCAUACACUCAACUGUUUCAGGACCUCGACCUGUCGGUGUCAACCUUCAGGCAGAGCAAAGGCUGGAAUGCUGCAAGCAAUGCUCCAUCCAUCUUCAAAAGAUCCAGAAAAUUCUUCCGGUCUUUGUCAGGAGGGGUGGUGUGCUGGCAAGAUGUGCUCAGGAAUUGAAUCUAAUUAUUCAACAGUCAUAACAGGCUCCGUCUCACCCAAAAGUGCCAAAGGAUGGCUUGGCUCGCAUCCCGUAACAGGGGACCGCACAUACAACACCGCUCUACAUCAACAUUCAUGCCAAGUCGCAGUUUCUCCUGUUACAAUUUUGUUUGAGGAGUCCCCUUCGGCUUUUGUCAAUAACGGAAUGCAAAAGUUCAAGAGUUUUGCGAGGAAAAGCUUGAAGUAAAUAUCUACCUCUAAGAGCUUGUAUACUUACCGGUUGGCAUCCCUCCAGUUCGAUCGUCUUUGGCAUUGCUUGAAAAUCUUCUGGUUUCAAUGCUCCGAUGUCGGGGAGAUCGCUGUUUGUACCUUAACGAUGAUACAUGUACUCUGAAAUUUCUAUCCGUCAAUGAUAUAAAUACAUUCGUUUGUUCAUA